CACCACGCGGCUGCCCGGCCUGCCACUAUUUCCAGGCUCGGCGGGGGCAGUGAUGGGCCUAGACUCCACUUCCCGGCGGGUAGUGCGGCCCUAGGGGCGGGACUUCAUGUCCCAGCAGGCUCCGGGCGGCGUGUGCCGCGGUGCCUUGUGUGGGAUGUAAGCGGAGGCCGCCGCCCACCCCCCGCCGCAAUGGGGCUGAAGGCCGCCCAGAAGACGCUGUUCCCGCUGCGUUCCAUCGACGACGUGGUGCGCCUGUUUGCUGCCGAGUUGGGCCGAGAGGAGCCGGACCUGGUGCUCCUCUCCUUGGUGCUGGGCUUCGUGGAGCAUUUUCUGGCUGUCAACCGCGUCAUCCCCACCAACGUGCCCGAGCUUACCUUCCAGCCCAGCCCCACCACUGACCCUCCUGGCGGCCUAACCUACUUUCCCGUGGCCGACCUGUCCAUCAUCGCUGCCCUCUAUGCCCGCUUCACCGCCCAGAUCCGAGGUGCUGUCGACUUGUCCCUCUACCCUCGAGAGGGGGGUGUCUCCAGCCGUGAGCUGGUGAAGAAGGUCUCCGAUGUCAUAUGGAACAGCCUCAGCCGCUCCUACUUCAAGGAUCGGGCCCACAUCCAGUCCCUCUUCAGCUUCAUCACAGGCACCAAAUUGGACAGCUCCGGUGUAGCCUUUGCCGUGGUUGGUGCCUGCCAGGCCCUGGGUCUCCGGGAUGUCCACCUCGCCCUGUCUGAGGAUCAUGCCUGGGUAGUGUUUGGGCCCAAUGGGGAGCAGACAGCUGAGGUCACCUGGCAUGGCAAGGGCAAUGAGGACCGCAGGGGCCAGACUGUCAACGCCGGUGUGGCUGAGCGGAGCUGGCUGUACCUGAAAGGAUCAUACAUGCGCUGUGACCGCAAGAUGGAGGUGGCGUUUAUGGUGUGUGCCAUCAACCCUUCCAUUGACCUGCACACCGACUCACUGGAGCUGCUGCAGCUGCAGCAGAAGCUGCUCUGGCUGCUCUAUGACCUGGGACAUCUGGAAAGGUACCCCAUGGCCUUAGGGAACCUGGCAGAUCUGGAGGAGCUGGAGCGUACCCCUGGCCGGCCAGACCCACUCACCCUCUAUCACAAGGGCAUUGCCUCAGCCAAAACCUACUAUCGGGAUGAACACAUCUACCCCUACAUGUACCUGGCUGGCUACCACUGUCGCAACCGCAAUGUGCGCGAAGCUCUGCAGGCCUGGGCGGACACAGCCACUGUCAUCCAGGAGUCCCUGGGGCUACACCCCAUGGUGAGACCCCUUCAGACCCUACAGAGACCCUCCUGCUCUCACAGCUACAACUACUGCCGGGAAGACGAGGAGAUCUACAAGGAGUUCUUUGAAGUAGCCAAUGAUGUCAUCCCCAACCUGCUGAAGGAGGCAGCCAGCUUGCUGGAGGCGGGCGAGGAGCGGCCGGGGGAGCAGAGCCAGGGCACCCAGAGCCAAGGUUCUGCCCUCCAGGACCCUGAAUGCUUUGCCCACCUGCUGCGAUUCUACGACGGGAUCUGCAAAUGGGAAGAGGGCAGUCCCACGCCUGUGCUGCAUGUGGGCUGGGCCACCUUCCUUGUGCAGUCCCUAGGCCGUUUUGAGGGACAGGUGCGGCAGAAGGUGCGCAUAGUGAGCCGGGAGGCUGAGGCGGCCGAGGCAGAGGAGCCAUGGGGUGAGGAAGCCCGGGAAGGUCGGCGGCGGGGCCCACGGCGGGAGUCCAAGCCAGAGGAGCCCCCGCCGCCCAAGAAGCCAGCACUGGACAAGGGCCAGGGUGCGGUGUCAGGACCCCCCCGGAAACCCCCUGGGACAGUCCCUGGCACAGCCCGAGGCCCUGAAGGUGGGAGCACGGCUCAGGCGCCAGCACCCGCAGCAUCACCGCCGCUGGAGGGUCCAGUGCUCACUUUCCAGAGUGAGAAGAUGAAGGGCAUGAAGGAGCUGCUGGUGGCCACCAAGAUCAACUCAAGCGCCAUCAAGCUGCAACUCACAGCGCAGUCGCAAGUGCAGAUGAAGAAGCAGAAGGUGUCCACCCCUAGUGACUACACUCUGUCUUUCCUCAAGCGGCAGCGCAAAGGCCUCUGAACUACUGAGGACUUUAGACCGCUUGUGGGGACCCAGGUCCCACCCUUAGUCCCCCCACUCUGAGCCCAUCAUGUGCCCCAGCCCAAGGGGGACAGGCCUCACCCCUACCCGAACCCAAGGCUCCAGGUCCUGAGUACAGUCUAACCCACAAUUUUCUCCAGCUCAGAACCCAGGGCCCUGCCCCAGUCGGUAAAAUAUAGGUCUCUUCCCAGAAUCCCAGCCAGCCAAUGUAAACCUCACCCUGGGUCCUAAUUAUCUUUAAAGGCCCAACCCCUGGGAUUUUGGGCCCUUAAAGCCCCAAACCCAAGCUCCUCUUCAGAACGGAGCCGCUCACUUAGAGCCAGACCAACCUUACACAGGGCUGCUCCGAGCUUGAAGGAACUGAGGUUUCAUCCUUAACCCAACGAGCACAGGUCCUGCCUCCAGCCCAGGAGCCUAGGACCCCACUCAGUCCCUAGGAUUAUAUUUCCGCACUUCAGAAUUCAUGUCUUGCGAAAACAAACUCCCUACCCCCAAAGAACUUGAGUCCUGCUCUAGAAUUUUGAAAUCUAGCUUCCUCGCCUUCCUAUCCCAAGUCUGGGACACGAAACUCCGCCCCCAUGAGCAUCCUGAGCCCUGCCCUCUUCCUGACCAAACUGGCCCCGGAUCAGAGCCUGACCACCCUUCCUACCUCUGGGAACCUCGAAGAGGUCCAACCCAUCUCGGAGCAUCCCGGAGGAAAUCUGCAGAGGGUUGGGAGUGGGUGACAGGAGUCUGAUCUCUUCCUGUUUUGUACAUAGAUUUAUUUUUCAGUUUCAAGAAAGAUGAAUACAUUUUGUUAAAAAAAA